AUGACGCAGUUUCUGCCCCCGAACUUGUUAGCUUUGUUUGCCCCAAGAGAUCCAGUUCCAUACCUGCCACCUUUGGAUAAACUACCUCAUGAAAAGCACCAUAAUCAACCAUACUGUGGAAUUGCUCCUUAUAUUAAAGAAUUUGAGGACCCCAGAGAUGCUCCACCACCAACUAGGGCAGAGACAAGGGAUGAACGGAUGGAAAGGAAGAGGAGAGAGAAGAUCGAAAGAAGACAACAAGACGUGGAAAACGAACUGAAAGUUUGGGAUCCUCAUAAUGAUCAAAAUGCUCAAGGAGAUGCCUUCAAAACACUUUUUGUUGCCAGAGUGAACUAUGACACAACUGAAUCUAAACUACGAAGAGAGUUUGAAGUUUAUGGACCUAUUAAACGGAUUCACAUGGUGUAUAACAAGCGUUCUGGGAAGCCUCGUGGUUAUGCCUUCAUUGAAUAUGAACAUGAGCGUGAUAUGCACUCGGCAUACAAGCAUGCAGAUGGAAAGAAAAUUGAUGGAAGGCGUGUGCUGGUUGAUGUUGAGAGAGGUCGUACUGUAAAAGGCUGGCGCCCUCGUAGACUUGGCGGUGGUCUGGGAGGCACUAGACGCGGUGGAGCUGAUGUCAACAUACGGCAUUCUGGUAGAGAUGAUACAUCCCGAUAUGAUGAAAGCGAUCGAGAGAGAGAGAGAGACCGCCGAGAUCGCAGCCGUGACCGAGACAAGGAGCGAGAGAGGAGGAGGAGCCGCUCCAGAGAGCGCAGGAGGAGAUCCCGAAGCCGUGAAAAGGACGAUAGGAAGCGUAGCAGAGAAAGGAGUAGAGACAAGGACAAGGAUAAGGAUAAGGACAAGGACAAAGACAGAGACCGCAAGCGCAGGAGCCGCAGUAGAGACCGCAAGCGUGACAGGGACCGUGACAGGGAAAAGAAGGAAGAGCGAACAGAAGGGGAAGCUCCAGAAAAUGCUGAGGUUAAUCUUGAAGAAGUGCAAGUGGGUGAUGGCGUCUUAGAUGGAACAGAGGUCAAGCCAGAACCAGAAGAAAAGGGUAGGGACCGUGAAAGAGACCGGGAAAGGGAUAAGGACAGGGAUAAAGAGAGAGACCGGGAUCGAGACAGGAGACGUAGCCAUAGAGAGCGGGAUAGGGAUAAGGAUAGAGAUAGAGACAGAGAUAGGAGGAGGGAUCGAGACAGAGAGAGGGAUCGAGAUCACAAGCGGGAUAGAGACCGGGGUGACCGCAGUGAAAAGCGAGAAGAGCGAGUUCCUGAUAAUGGUUUAAUUCAAGAACCUCCCGCAGAAGAGACCAGUCAAGACAUGUACUUAGACCAAGAAUCCAUGCAGUCUGGAGACGGAUAUUUAUCCACAGAAAAUGGUUAUGUUAUGGAGCCUCCUAUGGAGUGA